AUGACUGCUGUCACAGAAAAGGGUAUUGCGAUAGCCGAGUUGAUCGUCUAUAUAUCUAUAUCCCUUGCUACUCUUCUCGUCGUCCUCCGCCAUGGCUUUCACAGACAGCUCGGGUGGAUCUACCUCUUCAUAUUCAGCGGAGUCAGAAUCGCAGGUGCUGUGAUGGAGAUCCUCAGUGAGACACAUCCAGACAAUACGACAGACCUGGAGUGGGCUAUAAUAUUACAGUCAGUGGGGCUCUCUCCACUGUUGCUAUCUAGCCUUGGCCUGCUGAAAAGAGUUUUUGAUGAGAUUUGCGACCACGUGCCAUCAACCCAAGGCCCCCGGGCCACUAUGGUGUUGCAGAAACUGAGUUCAUUCAGCAGUGUCGCAGCGAAGCUUAUGGGAAUUUAUAACAAGAGAGCAACCGCCAUAUCCGGUCGCAGCAAAGUCGUUCAGUUGAUUCAUAUCCCAGCCCUCAUAGCGUUGGUUCUUUCGAUCAUCGGCGGUAUAAACCAAUACUCAUCGGAUACCUCUGACCAUUCCGGAGGAAGGACGGAAACCCUUGUUGGAAUCAUUCUAUUCCUCGCAAUAUACAUCAUACUUUGCAUCCUGUGGUCCACAGCCGUCAAGGACCUCCCUCGGAUGGUGCCAAGCCAAAAGCGUAUCGUCGUCGUGGUUCUAUUAGCAUUGCCAUUGAUCGCUUGCCGUCUGUUGUACAGUCUUAUCGCCGAUUUUAGCCAUGACCGUCGAUUUUCAUUGGUCGAUGGAAAUGUGACAAUCCGGCUGUGCAUGGCCAUCAUAGAGGAAUUCCUUGUGGUGUUGAUGUACACUGUGCUUGGUGUGUUUACUCCUCGGUCAGAAGUCGCAGUGGACAGCACAGUCUCAAAUCCUCAAAAAUGGCCAUAUCAAGCCGGAAACCAGCAAUUUCAUACUUCGCCUCUUGAUCCUCGCAAUGCUCAUAACAAUGGACAGUAUGAGCCUGUUUAG